AGGCUUGCGCAGAUAACGUUCACCAGAACAUAGCAGGUGCACAUCUGUCUACUCGCCCCGCCCACUCCACAACUAUGAUUUAAGUUAAGUUGUCACGCUGCAUUAUGAUCUUUCGAGACUGAUUGAUUUCAAAACUCAAAGGGGUUUCGAGUUUCAGAGUGCCUCUUGGCUAGAGAUGAAUCCGGAUUCGGACUACGGCAUGUCUACAGUGAGCUGUGGAAACGGGAAGCUCCGCUCGUGGCUGAUCGAGCAGGUUGAGACCGGGAAGUACGCGGGGCUCGUGUGGGAGAACGACGACAAGAGCAUCUUUAGGAUACCGUGGAAGCACGCGGGCAAGCAGGACUACAACCGGGACGAGGAUGCCGCUCUCUUCAAGGCUUGGGCGCUGUUUAAGGGCAAGUUUCGUGAGGGCAUCGACAAACCGGACCCACCAACGUGGAAGACGCGCCUGCGGUGCGCACUCAACAAAAGUAACGACUUCGAAGAGCUCGUGGAAAAGAGUCAACUGGACAUCUCAGACCCCUACAAAGUCUACCGGAUCAUACCCGAGGGCGCCAAGAGACGAUCCAAACAGGAGGAUGGUGGCAGCCCGCAGACUCCCCCGAGCUAUCCCAUGCACCCCUCCUACCCCGCUCUACAGACUCCGAUGUCUGGGUACAUGUCCAGUGCAGAGCGAGGCUGGAUGAGGGACUAUCUUCCAGAGCAGACCGUGCUCCCUGAGCUGCCCUAUGCCCAGUGUUCCUACCCCUCACGCAGCCUACCCUGGGCCCAGGGCCCCAGCAUGGACAACGGGUACCAGAUCACAGGGUCCUUCUACACCUACCCUACUGAUGGCCAGCCCUCCCCCUUCACACUGGACACCAGCAUGAGAUCAGCUGAGGCACUCUCAGAUAUGCGGUUACAUGUGUCAGUGUUCUACCGGGACUCCUUGUGGAAGGAGGUGACCACCUCCAGUCCUGAAGGCUGUCGCAUCACUCCCUGCUCUCCAGACGACAAGCUCUAUUCCCCCACUGGAGGUCCAGACCUGGUGCCCCUACCCCUGGAUAGCCUCCCAGCUCUGGGGAGGGGGGAGGAGUGCCCCCCCAGUCCCCCUGGUGGUACUCUGGAGAGGGGCGUGCUGCUAUGGAUGGCCCCAGAUGGCCUCUACGCUCGGCGGCUGUGCCAGGAGAGAGUGUUCUGGGAGGGAGGGUUAUCGCCCUACGGAGAUAAACCCAACAAGCUGGAGAGAGAACACACCUGUAAACUACUGCACACACAGGACUACUUUGCAGAGCUCCAGGGCUAUGCCCUCCACGGCCGGCCCCCUCCACGUCUCCAGGUGCUGCUGAGUUUUGGAGACGAGUGUCUGGACCCGCAGAGACAGAGGAGGACCCUCACUGUACAGGUGGAGCCAAUGUUUGCCAGGCAACUCCUAUACUACACCCAGCACCAGCAGACCAGCGGACACUACUACCGCAGCUACGACCUCUCCCACCCAGGGGUCACGGAACACAGCAUGACACCUGCUUUAACUGAGGACUACCAGAGGGUCAUCACGCAUCACCAUAGCAACACCCUGCAGGACUGAUAUCUGGCCAUCUCUGAUCACAGUCAGACUGCGGUGCAGGAUAUGGGGAGAGGAGGAGAUGGGAGAAAGCCUGGGUAGAGGAGGAGAGUCAUUUCCCUGUACUCUGGAUCCCAGAUUUCACUCAAAGCCGAAGCAAAACUAUGCCACUCCAAUCCAAGACAAACUGAACCAAGCCAGGCCAGACUGAACUGAACCAAGCCAGACUGAACUGAACCAAGCCAAGCCAGGCCAGACUGAACUGAACUAAGGCAGGCUAUGGAGGAACAUACCAUUGGACCACUGAAGAGAUUGUAACACAUAGUUGUAUAUUGUAGAUGUGUUUGUGUGUUGUAAGGACUCAAGGGAAUCAAUGUUCCAAACUUUGGACCAAACUUUAUUUCAACAACUCAGGGAGCCGUCCUUUGGCCGUAGAGACCCAAACUUGAUUGACAUUUUGUGUAUCAACGUCCACUUUCUGACAGCAACAGAACUGACAGCUGUAGUGAUUGUAUUGACAUGUUUUUUUUAUGUGCUUAAUUGUGUUUGCUCAAUUUCUUCUAUAACUAUGUUAGACAUUUUACCGGACUACUGUUGCUACUACUGUAUGUAGAUUUCCCAGCAUCAAUACUGAAUAAUAGGGAAUACUGUAAUAGAGAUGACCAAAGACGGCCUCUGAGAUUGGAACACACUGAAACACUGACUAGCAUGCUGAAUCUUCGAUAAACUCAGUAAGAUUGGACCACACUGAAACACUGACUAGCAUGCUGAACCUUCAAUAAGCUCCGUCUGUCAUACAUACGGAACAUGUUUUGUAAUAGAAAAAUAAAAAAUUGUACCAAA